GGACAGCCUACAAGCGCCACUCCUAUACGUGUAUAUUGCCCAUAUCCAACGGUAAUAUUCAAUAAUCCCAUAAAACGACAUCUUUCAGUGAAUUCAACGAUGGUGAAAGGAAGAGGUAUGAAUUUUUAAAUUUUUUUUUUACAAAAAAGCUUUGCCUAGCAUUCAAAGCUAGUUUUAAGCUCUUCAUUUAGCUGUUUGUACUUUAAAUAUAAUGGCUGCUUUCAACUGGAUUUAAUAAUUUAGCCAGUUUAGUAUUUAGGACAGUAAAACUGGUUAGGUCUGGAAAAAGAGUACCUGUUCCUUGAACAUAAAGACCCUCCCUGUCCUUCCCCCGCACCCCACCAUAUUUCACAGACUGUGCGCAUGGGCGGAGAUAGUCCCUGUUAUUAUUGUCUGGAUAAUAUCACAUAUGAAAAUGGCGGCGAGUCAGGGAGGCGGAGGAGCAGUUACGGCUUUGCCUGGCCAUCAUUAUCCGAGUGGACCUCACUGGAACCCGGGGAUACUUCAACAUCAGCACCACAUCCACACGGCUCGAAGCCUGGAUCGCGCUCUGGAAGAUGCGGCUUGUUCAGGCAUACUGAAUCUCAGCGGGAGAAAGCUGAGAGAUUACCCUGGCUUGAGCUAUGACCUAACGGACACAACACAGGCAGAUCUCUCAAAGAACCGGCUGACGGAGAUUCCUCCGGAAGUCUGCCUCUUUGCACCUCUGGAGUCCCUCAACCUGUAUCACAACUGCAUCAGAGCUGUCCCAGAAGCCAUCAUUAACCUGCAAAUGCUCACAUACCUGAACAUCAGUCGGAACCUCCUCUCGACGCUGCCAAAAUACCUGUUUGAUCUUCCACUUAAAGUGCUGGUUGUGAGCAACAACAAGCUAAUCUCUGUUCCCGAAGAAAUCGGAAAAUGCAGAGACCUCAUGGAAUUAGAUAUCAGCUGCAAUGAGAUCCAGGUGUUGCCCUCGCAGAUAGGGAGGCUCCAUGCGUUACGGGAGCUGAACACCAGGAGAAACUGCUUGCAGGUUCUGCCCGAAGAGCUGGCUGGCCUACCCCUGAUCAGACUCGACUUCUCCUGCAACAAGAUCUCCGAGAUCCCGCCCAUCUACCGAAAAAUGAGGCAGCUGCAGGUCAUCAUUUUGGACAACAACCCCAUGAAGUCGCCCCCAGCGCAGGUUUGCCUUAAAGGAAAGGUGCAUAUAUUCAAGUAUUUGAAUAUCAAAGCUUGCAGAACUGACAAGAAACCAGACUCCCUUGACCUCCCAUCGCUCAGCAAACGAAGCCUCCCGCAGCCUUUGACAGAUAGUAUGGAAGAUUUUUACCCCAGUAAGAACCAUGGACCAGACUCAGGAAUCGGGAGCGACAAUGGGGAUAAGAGAUUGUCGACAACAGAGCCCUCUGAUGACGACACCAUCAGUCUGCACUCACAGGUGUCUGAGACGGCGAGGGCCGAUGCCCACCUCCUACUAACCAAACUGGAAAGUAAAGCAGAGCAGGAGACGUAUGACUUCAUCGACCCCAGCACGGAGGAAGAGGCCGCUUUGUCUGAGGAAGACGUGCAGCAGAGCACCCGCUAUGUGUCCUGUAUGAAGGAGCUUGAGAAAGUGCUGAACAAGUCACACCAAAACGAAGACAAGGAAAAUGGGAAGGAGGAAUCCGGUUCCGAGAAGGAGCCUCUGGCAGAGGAAGAAGAGGAGGAUGAGGUAAAGGAAGUUCUGGACUUGAGGAAGAUAGCAGCCCAGCUGCUGCAGCAGGAGCAGCAGAACAGGCGACGUUCGCUCAUAUGUCGAGCGUCAUUCAGUCAGAGCCUUUUCCACCGACGGAGGGCCACUGCCCGGGCACAAAGAUUCCUGAGCCAAUCAGGGAGCGGGACAAACAAUAAACAGCGAUCACCCAGGAGUUCCACAUUGGAGGAGGGAAGCACAGGGGAGUCGGCUGUUUCUAGUCAGUCCUCCUCUAGUUCAGUGGACGGUUCCCAAAAGCCUGACCCAGGCGACGCUGAGCCGAAGUGGCCGGAAGGACACGCCAUACUCCACCUGGGCGAAGAGCGGCGGCGGAAUAAGUAUCUGCGGAAAGAUUACCUGAAGUACAAGUGCCAGGCUGCCCGGAGAAGUCUCAGCUUAAACAGCAAUGAGUGUGGGGAAGGAAUGCACUCGGCAGAUGUCAGCACUGGAUUAACGGUGUUUGGUUUGAAACCGAGAUCAGCUUUCUGCAGGGGGAGUCACCAGGAGUACAGCUCCACUGACCCGGGGUUUACAAUACGCAGGAGAAUGGAGCACAUGAGGGAGGAGAUGGAGCAGAUCCAGCUCCUGCGCCAGAACCUUGAGUCUAGGUUGAAGGUGCUGCUCCCAGAUGAUGUGGGCGGAGCUCUGAUGGAUGGAGUGGUCCUGUGCCACCUGGCCAAUCACAUUCGACCUCGCUCCGUAGCCAGCAUUCAUGUUCCCUCCCCAGCAGUGCCAAAGCUCAGCAUGGCGAAAUGCCGCAGAAAUGUGGAGAACUUUCUGGAUGCCUGCAAGAAGCUGGGAGUUCCGCAGGACAAGCUGUGUUUACCCCAUCAUAUCCUGGAGGAGCGGGGGCUGGUGAAGGUGGGAAUAACGGUCCAGGCCCUGCUGGACUUGCCGGCAUCGAGACCGACCCAGCUCUCCGCUGUGUAGCACACCACCGCGUAGCAUGUGUGCCCCGUCCUGCCGCUCCGCACGUCUGUCUGAGGGGAGGGGGGUGGG